AUGACCUCUAGAAUAGGGCCACGGCCACGACUGGCCUCAUUCUUGACGUUCUUGGCCGUCGCCGCGUCGUGGCAACUUGGACGAGCUGCAGACAUCGAAUUCAAGCCUGCGGGCCAACAAAUCCUGGCCGACAUCGGCAGCAACACAACAGCCUGCCCCGACGAGCUUGUUGUCCGCACAUCCCUCUUCACCUACCAGGGCGCCGUGUCCGACGAGACUCCGACUGUCCGGCAGUUUCUGGGCAUCCCCUUUGCCGAGCCACCCGUGGGGCCUCUCCGGUUCCGGCCGCCCGUCACCAAGCGGCCCCUCGCAGAUGGCGCCGUCGUGGACGCCACGAAGUUUGGUUCGUACUGCUUCCAGCACGACAAUGGCGUGCGCACAUUUUAUGCGGAACGGGCAGGCCAUGCGAUGCCCGAGGACCUGGAGGCGUCGGAAGACUGUCUGACGCUGGACGUGUGGACGGCACGCCGCGGCUGCGACGGUCCACCGACCAAAAAGGCUGUUCUGAUUUGGAUCCACGGCGGCGCGCUCAUGACCGGCGGCAGCGCCUCGCCCUAUAUGCGCGGCAACCGGCUGGUGGCGCGCUUUCCGGACGACGUGGUCGUUGUGUCCAUCAACUACCGGCUCAACAUCUUUGGCUUCCCCCGGGCCGGCGCGCUCGACGGCCGGCACCUCAACCCGGCCUUUUUGGACGUCCGCAUGGCCGUCCAGUGGGUGUACAACAACAUUGGCCACUUUGGCGGCGACCCACGCCGCAUGGUGCUGUUCGGCAACUCGGCGGGCGGCUCGCACGUCGACAAGUACGCGUAUGCAUGGGCGCACGAUCCGCUGGUCCAGGGGUACAUUUGCAUGUCGGGCCAGGGCGAGUUCACGGCCGACCCGCGGGACGUGUCCAACUUUACCUAUGUGGCGGCGCAGGUGGGCUGUGCGUCGGACACAGACGACUACGACGCGGAGUUCCAGUGCAUGCAGAGCGUCCCCGCCGCCACCCUCAUGGCGGUCCUCAACGGCUACGACAGCCGGCAGCACGGCGGGCGCGUCCUCGGCUUCCAGCCGCAGUCCGACAACGAGACCAGCUUCGGCAACUACACCGACCUGCAGGUCCGCGGGCUCUACUCGCGCCUGCCCACCGUCGUCGGCAACGUCGACAACGAGAUGGCCUCGCUCUACUACCCCUGGACCGGCGAGCCGCCCGACCAGGAGACGCUCGACCUCCUGUCGGGCCUGUUUGUCUGCCCGGCCGCCGUCGCCGCCAAGGCCCGCCAGGCCUACGGCGCCGGCCACCACCCCACGUGGCGCUACCGCUACUUUGGCGUCUUCCCCAACAUGAACCCGCUGCCCUGGAUGCGCGCCUACCACGGCAGCGAGUUCCCCAUGGUCUUUGGCACCGCCGACACGUUUGGCGGUCCCAACACGCCCGCGCAGGACGCCCUCAGCGCCUACAUGCAGACGGCCUGGGUCGCGUUCGCCAAGGACCCCCAGAAGGGCCUGCUCGAUCUCGGCUGGCCGCUCUACGUCGAGGACGAGGCCACGCUGGUCCGCCUCGGCCACCCAGACGUGGCGGCACCGGCUGCGUUUGACCUCGUCCAGGGCGACACGUACGACGGGCUGUGUCCCUAUGUCAUGGCCAACCUUGGAGAUGUCGUCAAGAGAGCGAUGCCGCCGUGA